GCCUCCGCCUCCUCCUCCUAAACCCUAAAACCCCUCUAAACCCUAACCCCAAUCCCCUCUCUCUCUCUCUAUAACGAUGGGAGCUCUCUCGUCCCCGACGCAAUGGAUCCUCGAGGACGAUCUCCUCCUCAAGAACGCCAUGGAGUUCCAACAGGCUGGUGCUUCCUUGGAGUCAUUGGCUAAAGGUGCUGUAAGCUUCUCCCGUCGUUAUACCCUUAAAGAACUGUAUGAUCGAUGGUCCUCUAUCCUUUAUGACUCGAACGCCUCACUAGAGACGUCUGCUCGUAUCUUGGGGUUUGAGAAUGAAUCCUCCACAACCAAUCCUUCCAAGACUGGCCGAACUUGCAGUUCCAAAGGAAAAGAUUUUCUAUCCCAUAAACGGAAAGUGAACAGUGUAAGGAAUCAUUACUAUGCCAUGCGAAAGAGAAUCUGCACUGAACCAUGUAAUACUGCCGAUCUUGAUUUUCUUGUCGCACCGUGUUCAUGUGCUGCUAAUGGCAGGCAAUGCAUAUGCAGAGGUUCUUUAAACUCUCAAAAGCUUCAUUCAGUUGAAAACAUUGCAAUAGGUGUGCCGGUUGUAAACUGUUAUGAACAGUCAGGCACGACCUAUAAUGGUGGACAAAAUGUAUUCCCAGAUGGAAUAGUUGAUAGGGACUGCUUAUGUCGGAGCCAUGUAAACCAGUCCUUUGAGCAUGAUUACAUACAGAAGGAUCCUCAGAUUUGUAGAGAGAAUCACAUUCCUCUAAGGAACAGCUUUGAUGUUGGCGAAACUGAUGGCCUGCAGUCUCUUCCUAGUACCAAUUUGUAUAAAGAUGAAAUAAUUGAGGCAAAACAAUUUCCUAUUUGUGAUUCACAAAUAGGUAAGUCCGAAGGUUUCAUAGUGAACCGCAGUGAAGUCCCGGAUUCUGGGGAUUCAUUUGAUCUUCUUGGAACUAUUUGGAAAGGUUCGGCACCGACCAUGCCAAUGGAUAUUCAUAUAACAGAGGAAGAUCCAGAAGGUUUAACUCGUAAUGAUACUAAUAGUUUGCAAGGCAAGUUGAAUGAUGGAACUGCGGAUGAUGGAAUGAAUAGUACGGAGUUGAUAUCCGAGAAUGACUUUAUUGAUUUUACUGGUUCGUACAUGGAAUUUUCUGCUGAUGAUGAAUUCCUUUUCAUGGAUGUUGAUGAGACUCCUAUUGUCUCAAGCUCUCCUAGAAAUGCUAAUCAAGUUGAUGUUGCCAACGCAAGCGAUCCUAAACCUGCAGAUGCUAUCGAGUCAACUCUUGUUGCUCCUGACUUGCGUUCUGAAGGAACCAACAAUAGUUCUGACCCAAUAGGUUCUGAACUUGAUAUACAUAACGCCACAAAUGCUGAUAUGGAAGUACCUCACACUGGUGAAACUAUCGAAAUUUUCUUAAUUUGCACGUUAAACACAGAAGAUACCGAAAUCCCAUGCAAUGACGAUAUUAUUUUACCGACUUGUGAAUCCAAUUCUAAGCACCAAAGUGUUUCUCUUCCGCCCUCUAUUAAAAUCUUGUCUGUAGAGGGAAAAAGUACUGUUGGAGACUUGCCCAUUGUAAAGGAAGAGAAUGUGGGAAAUACACUGCCCCUUACACUCCCUGCAAAGGCAGAACCAUCUGGAUUACAACAUAAGGUUGGUUUGGUACUUCCCAGUAAUGGCUGUACGGGUGCUGAAUUUACUGGGCAUCCUAUUAAUUCUGUUAAUGAUCCAAAUUCGUGCACCAUUCAUACUACUGCAUUGAAGGAAGAAUGUGUUGCCGGAGAUUUGGGGCAACAUGGUAAUUUUAAUAAGUCUCGUGAUUUCUUUCUAGAGAAGCCAGUUCCCCAGGUUGACCACGUGAACUACUAUUCUGCAAACAUUGCUGAUGGCCCUAAACAGGAAAUAGAUGAUCAAAUUGGACCGCAGAAGUGUGUGCCAGCAAAUGCAGCUGGGGAUGAUUUGGGGCUUCAGGGUCCUAUUGCAACAGUGUCCACUUCUGACCAAGAAGAACAAUUUUCCGAGAGUGAUGAUGAUGUACCGAGCUAUUCUGAUGUUGAAGCUAUGAUUAUCGGGAUGGACUUGGGUCCGUAUGAUCCGGAAUCACGUCCCAUCACCAAGGAAGUUUUGCAGUAUCAAUCCAUGAGCAACAAGAAGACCCUUAUAAGGUUGGAACAAGGUUUUCAUUCUAGUAUUAACAGAGCUAUUGUAAGGCACGGAGCUUUCGCGAUCCUUUAUGGCAUGCAUUUGAAAUAUUAUAUAAAAACUCCCGAGGUGUCACUUGGAAGAGAGACAGAAGAUGUGAAAGUUGACAUUGACUUGGGAAGAGAAGGGCAUGCAAAUAAAAUAUCUCGUCGACAGGCUAUUAUCAAGAUGGAUGAAGAUGGAUCAUUUUUUAUCAAAAACAUUGGCAAGUGUUCAGUAUUUGUCGACGGCAAGGAAGUACUAACUAAAAAACGUAAAAACCUAAGAUCAGAUUCUCUUAUUCAGAUCCGGGACUUGAAGUUUAUUUUCGCGGUGAAUGAGAAGGCGGUGAGGCGUUAUCUUAGUAACAUCAGACGUAGCAACCUGGGACAGAACACAAGAUUUGACUGGGUCCCCGGUCAGAACCAAUGAAUCGAGGUACCGCGGAAGCUGCUCCUUUAUAAUUUUCUUUCUUAUUUUUAUAGUUUUUCCUUUAAUGUUUUGUUCUGUUUCUAAAGGAAAGGGGUAGGUUCGGUUUCUUCCUCCACGAUAUUUUUUAUAUGUAAUCCAGUUAAUGUACAUGAUAUGGCUUUAUUCUCCCAUCGAAAUCAGUGAAAACAAUUGUUUUCCAUGAAUUUUUGUUGCGUGUCUUCGUCGAUGAUAUACUAAUGUGUGUACGCCAACAUUAACGGAUCUACUUUUGCGAUGCAUUGGUCA